UCUUCUAAGUCCCGCCCACAUCGUGCUAACCAUAUAAAGCUCUGCUCCCGUAGCCGCUAUCAGAAAUCUUCCACAAAACCUGCGAAAAUGAUCAACUGGAAGGCCUUGGACAACGUGCCCGUGCUGUUGUACAUUUUGGCGCUGAAGACUUUACUCUUGUGUUUGGCCUUCGCCGGAGUCAAAAUCUACCAAAGCAAAAAGGCCGAAGAGGCUCUGAAGAGACAGCAGCAGGAGAGACGCAGGCUCGCCCAGAGGACACAGGAGCUUAUAGACGACCUGAAGGAAGACUAGUGAACCAUGAACAUUAUCGGAGGGACUGGGGAGUUCUGGUGCCAGUUUCGAACCUGGGAUUUUUUAACAUAAUGGACACUUUGCUGCUUUGAAGAAGUACGGACUUAAACCACUGAACACAAACCACAUGUAUUUAUAAAGAAGAGUGACGUUUUCUGUAAAUGUUGUACCACAUUUUCUGUCUUUUGUAAACUAUUUAAUGUAAUAAAAUCAUGUCUACAUUUCA